UACAAUCAGCCGAUAGAUGACACCGUGUAGAAAGACAGCAGACAAACCGACAAACCACCCAAUCGUACCCAGCGUACAGUCAUUUAUCAUACAUUUUGAGUUAUAGGAAUAUUCAUUUUUUGACACAUCACUGUAAUGCUAUGUUUGCCUUUCACAUUGUUUCGGUAGCGUUUUGUCUAUAAUGUAUCAGGUCUCUUCAUAAAUCGACGGCUACGCAUUUUCAAUUUAAGCUAACUGAUUUUCCAUGUCGCGUGUAUAUCACGUCAUUUUGAAAUUAAUUCACUUCGUUGAUGUCGCAAGGACUAGCGGUUUUCUAAAUACAAGGAUGGAAAAAUUGGUCAAUUUUUGACAGAAGCUUUCGCCGUUGUCAUACGAGUUUUCACGAAUAUCACGAGUGAAUUAUGGAUUUUCGUCAGUGCUAAAUAUAGCAUUGACCGGCGUUGCCGUGUCAUACAUUCGUAAGAGUUGAGAGAGAAUGCAGAUAAUAACCAGUUUGUAAAAAUGUAUAUAAAAGACAGAAAACUAGGCAAGCUGUAAAUAUGUUGAUUUAAUCAUAUAUACAAGAUGAGAUUCAAUAAACAAGAACUAUUAACAUUAGCUACCCAGCCUUCGCAGAAAUUUGAAAAAGAAGGUAUUCUAUACGUGAGAGAACGGCAGGAAGGUUUCUUUCGUAGAACAGAAAUUAGCCUCGUGCAAUUUCCAGGUACAGGUAAACCAGAGAAUAAAAAUCAGAGAGGAAAGAGUCUACGAGAUCUCAAUUGUGUUACAGCUGGUGCAAACAAAGUAAGUCUCGAACGAUGGUGCAGGCUACGUGGCAACCUUUUGUUUUAUUUCAAAUCGCGGGAGCAGUGGUCGGAGCCGUUAGGAGUAAUUAUACUGGAACAAUGUACGGUCCGCAUGGAGUCUCCCAACAAUCACGUCCCAUACGGGUUCAGCAUAGUUUUCGACGGAGGCUUGUUUCAACAGUUAGGCGCCAAUACGGCCGAAGAAAGGGACAGUUGGUUACAGGCGUUGCAAUUGGCCAGCUACGAAUGCAUGCGAAGUCAAUUGUUAUCCUUGCGACAGCGCAUAGAGGCAUUUAGUGGUCACAAGCACGACACCGAUAUUCAGAUGUUGCGGUUGCAGCGCGGGACUUUUACAGAUCCGGCGGAGGUACCGAUGUGUGAGAUAUCAUUAGCUUGCGAUAAUCUACUGUGUGAUGGACAUGGCAGACCACCUACACCUGUUUUAGAAAUAGAUGUACAGUCAAAAUCUUCUAAAACCUGGAUUAAAUAUGCACGGACAGAAGUUGUAGAGCGAAGUAGUAAUCCUAGUUUCUUAACUACGGUAAGUUUCCGUGCGAGUGAUGGUUUGACAACCGAAACAAAAAUUAGAAUAACUGCAUACGACAUCAGGGAAAGAGUUAGUCAAACCGCAACUCCGAUAGGAAGCGCAAUAGUGACAUUCAGCACGGUGCAAGACACUCCAAGAUUAAGGAUACCGUUAAAGUCAGCGAAAACUACCACUGUCGGAUUUUUGACAAUUAACGUGUGGAAUUUAGAAGCUGAGGAUAAAGGAAAUAGUACAGAAAGCACACCGUCGAGAAACGUGGUAUAUGGCAAUAAUAACCAACAAUUGCCUUCACAUAGACGCUCGCAAUCGUUGCCACCCAGAUUAGGGACAAAAAUAAAGUUCCCGCAUCAAGGCCAGUUAAAGUUGCUUUUUGCGAAUCCAUAUGUACAGACUUAUCGAUUCCAUUCCGGAUUGGGCGGUGAUAUUUGUGUGCACGAGAUUAUGGCGGAGAGCAAGUUCUGUUUCCAAUUUCCUCAACAUUUGCUAGGUAUUUGGAUACAGGAGGAAAAGGAAUUGCUACAAGAAGUAGCUGGAAUGGGAGAACUGAGGGAACCUUGGCAUACAAAACAAGUCGAAUUACUUGAUCGUCACUUGCACUUAUUACAUUUGUAUUCCCAAGCCAAAGAAAACUUAGCUGCCUAUAAAGGAAGUUAUUUCAAGCAGUCGUCGCGAAAAAACGAUCGUACUCUCGAAUUUGCACCUCUUAACUUGCAUCUUCAAAGAAUGUGGGUUCAUAAUGAUACGCUAAACAAGUGUGGAUUUUACGACUUUAUUAGCGUAGGAGCUUUCACAGCGCAUUCUCAUAAAAGUAAAAAUGGUGGACUUAUAAGAUUGGUGCAGGCGUUGAAGGAGUCGCCAGUACGGAGCAAUCAGUUGUACCAAGGAACAUCUAAGAUAACGAUGGCGCAUGAUGCGAUUCAAGCGAUUAAGCAAUUGCGCCGAGAUGUUGUAGAGGCAAUGAGAUCAUUGAUGAAGCUCGCCAAAGAGAAGCAAACAAGCGGCAUGUUGCCCAUAUGUGAAGAUAUGAUUACAAAAACUCGGAUCUUACUCAGCCUAUGGGAUCCUGGUUUAGUGGAAGAGGCAUUAACGUUUUUGGAAGAAUAUAAAGUUGCAAAAGUCCAAAAGAACUCUGCACCAACAAGCACUGAUGACACUCUGACUUUAGAUUUCAAGACAAACCAAUCUCUAUCGCCAUUCAAGCGGAUUACACAGCAACUGAAUUUCGACCUGAAAAGUCCCGAUUUCGAUGAUUUUGUCACGCCCGAUACUCCUGAAUGCGUCCAAGAUAUUUGGUCUAAGGGUGGCAUGAGAAAUGAUGAAUAUGCACCGUUACCAUAUGCGAGAAACGACGUGACCAGUAGCAACGUUGGCGAGAGCGAUGAUGCUGCGGAGGAGAAUUUUGUGAUAUUCCCGGACGUGGAAGACGAUCCGAAACAAACUGAAGCGGAGACUGCAGAUGAAAGCGUUCAGCGAGUUCAUAACCAUGAAAACAAGGAAAAUUAUGAGGAUGAAAGGGAAGAUUUGAAAAGCGACGCCGAUCCAUGCAGACGUUUCCUUGAUACUCAAAAGAUGUGUAAUUCACCCUCGGCAAAUUAUUACAAACCCACGGAUGAGCCAGAGCCAUGGGAUCUCACUCAGCUGAACAUCGAAGCGAGUGUUAUGUGUCUCGUGUCAAAAGUUAAGUUUCUUUGUGGCAGAUGCAGUAGUCCGGCUGUACGACUGCGUAAUAAGGGCGGACACUUGAGCAGAUCGCAAAGCCUUAAAGGUUGUCCGCCGAGUAAUUGGCACAAUGCUGAAGUCGUCACCAUACAGCCGAAAAACGGCAUCAAAUGCGAAGAGUCGAAUAAAUUAUUGGAAGAAACGAACGAUGCGUCGCGACAGCAGUCUAAUCCGGGAAUGGAGAAACCGGCGUUCUCUAAAGCAAAAGAAGUGUGCCAAGCGGUCGAUUCGAUGACGCGAGUGAUCAAAAGUAAUUCAGGACAGAGGAACAAGUUUACCGAAGGUCUAGAUUUCGCGUCCAUCGUAGAUUGGACAAGCGAGCUCAGGCCGAGCAUGAAGAAGCUACGACAGGCCAUGGACGGGUUGCUCAAGACUGCCAGAUUGACACAUUCGGUAUUUCGCGUACAGGAAGAUUCCAAGACGGCGCAGCGUGUGUGCAAUGUUCGUUACAGACGGGACGUUUGCUUCAGUCAAGCGCUGACAGCCUUAGUAACUGGCAUAAUGGCAAAACUGUGGUGUCAACGACCCGACCCAAUGUUUCUGCUAAUACUUACAACUUUGGGACCAUUGGUCUCUUUCGAAGGUCUCCUUAGUUAUUACGGAGACGAGAUUGAUAUGUGGGGAGAUAUGGCUGUAGCAGUUGAAGACACUCAUACUGUCACGUUCACUUUGUCACGAUGUGGCAUUCAAUCCAGAAUUGAGAAAAAGUCCAAUGUGGCGUUUCAAUUGCCUCUACCGCGCGUAGUAGGAUCACGGAGCGCGUUGACAGUAAUACUCCCAGUUCCAGACACGAUUUAUUCUCUCCUGCCAUUAGUGCCCUCAUCUAGGCAGACGUUGUCGUUUAAUGUAACGCCGGUGUUCUUUAACGUCGGUAUUAACGAGAUGGCUUCUUUGGCUGAAAGUCUUGGUACUACGAAACCGCAAGAAAAGAGUAACAUGGAUAAUUUUGACAGGCUAAAUGAGUAUUAUUUGAGAUUCAAGAAGUUGAAUCUACCGACGGAACCUGCAUCCACGCGUUUUGUCGCCAGAUCGAUAUUAGGCCACACAUUGUCAGAUAUGAUGUCCAACUUAAAAACGUGCGUGCAAGAGAAAGUGAGCAAGAACGUAGAGAUUUUGCAGUUAUCUUCGCAGAUAUGUCGAAGAAUGCGUGGUUUAAGAUUUACCAGUUGCAAGAGCGCGAAAGAUCGAACCGGUAUGUCGAUCACCCUCGAGCAAGUUAAUAUACUUUCAUCGGAAUAUCAUUUGGCCGAGCACGAAUAUAUGAGGGCACUCGACUGCAUGCGAAGUGAGGGUUGCCGACGAGAGAACACCUGGAAAAAUAUUAGCGUGCGGAAGUAUGCGUUUAACAGCUUGCAGAUUCUAACGUUGCCUCGACUUUACCGACCACCAACUGGCACGUACGGAUCUGCCCAGACAUAGAAACAAAAGCCUGAUUACGAAAAAUAUUGGGGGCGGCCGGCAUGCGACUGGCAUACGUUAGGUGUACAAAAUGCGGUCAGUGGCGUAGCGAUAGCGGCAUUGGAUGCUGAAUGCUUGCAAUUUUAUCUUUUGUUAAAAAUUUCUUCAACGCAUUUCUCGGAAUUUAUUAUUCGUUAAUUCAUUAUAAUUAGAAAUUCUCUCUCUCUCUCUCUCUCUCUCUCUCUUCCUCCCUCUC